AUCCACUCCUGUGAACAACACGAGUUCCAAGGACAGACUGGAAACGUAAGGAUCUACAGAUUGUCCGGGACCAAAGCCCGACACCUUUGACUUUUGGAGCGCCAGCCUGCUGGCGUAGCUUCAGAAAAUGGACCUCAGAGUAACAAGCAUUCUUCUUCUCCUUGUGGUAUUGGCUGAGGCAACCCCUGAGAGAUACUAUCAUGUGAAAAAACAGCCUUAUCAUACAAAAUCUCAUGCUGUUGCUGGGACACCUGGUACCCCUGGUUCCCCAGGUGAACCUGGGCCCCCCGGCCCACCUGGCCCACCAGGUUUUCCUGGAAAAAAUGGUGUUGGAUACACCGGACCUAUGGGCCCACCUGGACCACCAGGUCCAGCAGGCUACUCCUCACCUGGUAAACCUGGCAGUCCAGGUUCAUCUGGAAAACCAGGUGCACCUGGAUUUCCAGGUGAGAAGGGAAAUCCUGGGCCUGCAGGACCCCAAGGUGCACGAGGAGCACCAGGAUCACCUGGAAUACCAGGACCUGCUGGCAUAUCUUCUCCUGGAAAGCCUGGACCACAUGGUCUUCCCGGGGCCAUGGGCCCUCGUGGAGAACCUGGCUUAAAGGGGCAGCCUGGAAUUCCUGGGCUACCAGGUCACAAAGGAGAUCCCGGCCACGGUAUUCCAGGAGGACCUGGUGGCCCAGGUCCAAUGGGCCCUCAGGGGCCUUCUGGUCAGCCUGGUCAGCCUGGAAUUGGAAAGUCUGGACCAGCUGGAUUUCCUGGAGAACCAGGAAAGACAGGAAUGCCAGGUAGGGAUGGGUCACCAGGUCCUAUGGGCAUCCCAGGCCCAAAGGGUCACACAGGGGCACCUGGAAUAGGAGCACCUGGAAAACCAGGCCAGAAUGGCGCUCCAGGUAUGCCUGGGCCAAUGGGACAAAAAGGUCCUCAAGGACCAGCAGGACAACCAGGAGCUCCUGGUCUGCCAGGAACUGGCGAACCUGGAUCACCUGGACUUCCAGGAGAACGGGGAGUUUCAGGAACUCCAGGAACAACAGGCCAAAAGGGAGAGCCAGGGCCAAUAGGACACACAGGUCAGCCAGGUGCUAUUGGGCCAACAGGUCUAUCUGGUCCUCAGGGUUCUAGGGGAUUCCAAGGAGAGACAGGUCCACAGGGGGCUAAAGGUGAUAUUGGUAUGGUUGGGGCACCAGGGUCAAGAGGUGCUAAAGGUGAUCAGGGUGCACAAGGCUUCACAGGAAAACCCGGUAUUCCAGGUGCAGCAGGUCCCCCAGGCCCAAUGGGUCACAUGGGACAUCAGGGUCCCAAGGGAGAACCAGGAUUUACCGGUGCUCCAGGUAUCCCAGGUAGCAAGGGACCACCAGGAGAUAAGGGACAUCCAGGGCUUCAAGGGCAACCAGGUGGCAGGGGUGAAAAUGGCAUCCCUGGAGCGAGAGGUCCGGUAGGCCCCGUAGGACCAGAGGGUCCACCUGGGCUUAAGGGCCAUCCAGGACUCCCAGGGCCCCCUGGCCCAGCAGGGUUCACGGCUAAAGGAAUCGCUGGACCUCAAGGUCCUCCUGGGAUCCCUGGUUCCAGAGGUCAUGAUGGUCUCCCAGGUCCACCAGGACCUCCUGGGCCCCCCGGCCCCGCAGGCGAGAUUGUUUACCACCAUGAGAAAAGCAUGCCAAUUAAAUCCCAUGAAAUGGCAAUGCCUUUAAGUCAUGAGGUGAUGAAGGCACCCAUGUCAGCAUUCACAGCUCUUCUUACCACAGCUUAUCCAAAUGCUGGAACACCAAUUGUGUUUAACCAGAUUGUGUACAAUGGAGAGAACCACUAUGAUCCUAAUACUGGUGUGUUCACCUGUCAGGUUCCAGGACUUUACUACUUCUCUUUCCAUAUGCAUGUCAAUGGGGCAAAUGCUUUGGUAGCACUUUACAAAAAUAGAGAGCCAGUCAUGUUCUCUUAUGAUGAAUACAACAAGGGUUUUCUUGAUCAGAUGUCUGGCAGUACUGUCCUUAUGCUGCAUGCACAUGACACGGUGUACAUCCAGGUUCCAGAUGACCAGUCCAAUGGCAUUUAUGCUGAUGAAAAUGUACACUGUUCUUUCUCUGGGUUUUUGAUUGCCUCAACGUGAUAAACAUGCUCAAGAAAACCUCAAACUUUCGAAUUCAACUGUCUGCUUUUAUACAUAAAUGUUCCUGUUGUCAUUAGUCAAAGAGAAUAUAAAAGGAUGACUAAUUUAGAAAUCUAUUGUCUGUAGCUUGAAUUACCUUCUUGUACAUCAACUUAAGGCUGAUUUGUAUGGAAAUAUUUAGGAAAUCUCAAAUGUUAUGGAAAUAAAAACAACAUAAAAUUAUCCAAGAAAUUAGACAAUGGACCUAUCGCAUCUGCCUAAAAAACUGAACUGAUAUUAAUGUACUGAAAUGGUGCUCUGUGCUUGCCUUGUUUUAGCAGAAAUUUCCUGUGUUUUUAUGUUUGGAAAAUUCAGUCUCUCAGCACACAAUGGCCUUUUUUAGAAACAUUAAGCCAGCCAGGAUAUUUAAAAAUGUAUGUAUAAAUGGAUUAAAAGUGAAUAAUAAUUGUUGUUGUUUUUUUCCCAGUAAACUCUGUAAUAUUUCACAAGGUGUUUAAUAAUAUGUGCAUUUUAUUACCCAACACAAAUAAAGUUUUUGUGCCAGUGUU